GGAGACGGGAGGGCGUGUGAGCGAGUGAGACAAGAAAAGGGAGCGCGCCCGCCGCCGCCGCCGCCGCCCUCCUCUGGAGAGAGAGGCUGGAGUGAGGCUGUGCGAAGCGCCGCAUUUCAAUGAGGACGGGCCGAGGCACAUCCCUGCACUAGUGGCCGCAACCGAGACGCCGCGCUCCAGCAGCUGCUGCCGCCCAGCCCGGCCCCGCCGCCGCCCCCCAACCCUGCAGCGCCGCAGCCCCGGCCGCGCCCAGCCCGGCGACGACAGCACCAGGAGGCGGCCCCCAGCGCGGCCACAAAGACCCCCGGCGGCGUCUCUCCGCGGACCGGUCCUACUUGAAGUCCAUCAUGUCCUUCGGCAGAGACAUGGAGCUGGAGCACUUCGACGAGCGGGAUAAGGCGCAGAGAUACAGCCGAGGGUCGCGGGUGAACGGCCUGCCGAGCCCGACGCACAGCGCCCACUGCAGCUUCUACCGCACCCGCACGCUGCAGACGCUCAGCUCCGAGAAGAAGGCCAAGAAAGUUCGUUUCUAUCGAAACGGAGAUCGAUACUUCAAAGGGAUUGUGUAUGCCAUCUCCCCAGACCGGUUCCGAUCUUUUGAGGCCCUGCUGGCUGAUUUGACCCGAACUCUGUCGGAUAACGUGAAUUUGCCCCAGGGAGUGAGAACAAUCUACACCAUUGAUGGGCUCAAGAAGAUUUCCAGCCUGGACCAACUGGUGGAAGGAGAGAGUUAUGUAUGUGGCUCCAUAGAGCCCUUCAAGAAACUGGAGUACACCAAGAAUGUGAACCCCAACUGGUCGGUGAACGUCAAGACCACCUCGGCUUCUAGGGCAGUGUCUUCACUGGCCGCUGCCAAAGGAAGCCCUUCAGAGGUGCGAGAGAAUAAGGAUUUCAUUCGGCCCAAGCUGGUCACCAUCAUCAGAAGUGGCGUGAAGCCGCGGAAAGCUGUCAGGAUUCUGCUGAACAAGAAAACGGCUCAUUCCUUUGAGCAGGUCCUCACCGAUAUCACCGAUGCCAUCAAGCUGGACUCGGGAGUGGUGAAACGCCUGUACACGUUGGAUGGGAAACAGGUGAUGUGCCUUCAGGACUUUUUUGGUGAUGAUGACAUUUUUAUUGCAUGUGGACCGGAGAAGUUCCGUUACCAGGAUGAUUUCUUGCUAGAUGAAAGUGAAUGUCGAGUGGUGAAGUCCACUUCUUACACCAAAAUAGCUUCAUCAUCCCGCAGGAGCACCACCAAGAGCCCAGGACCGUCCAGGCGUAGCAAGUCCCCUGCCUCCACCAGCUCAGUUAAUGGAACCCCUGGUAGUCAGCUCUCUACUCCGCGCUCAGGCAAGUCGCCAAGCCCAUCACCCACCAGCCCAGGAAGCCUGCGGAAGCAGAGGAGCUCUCAGCAUGGCGGCUCCUCUACGUCACUUGCGUCCACCAAAGUCUGCAGCUCGAUGGAUGAGAACGACGGCCCUGGAGAAGAAGUGUCAGAGGAAGGCUUCCAGAUUCCAGCUACAAUAACAGAACGAUAUAAAGUCGGAAGAACAAUAGGAGAUGGAAAUUUUGCUGUUGUCAAGGAAUGUGUAGAAAGAUCGACUGCUAGAGAGUAUGCUCUGAAAAUUAUCAAGAAAAGCAAAUGUCGAGGCAAAGAGCACAUGAUCCAGAAUGAAGUGUCUAUUUUAAGAAGAGUGAAGCAUCCCAAUAUCGUUCUUCUGAUUGAGGAGAUGGAUGUGCCAACUGAACUGUAUCUUGUCAUGGAAUUAGUAAAGGGGGGAGACCUUUUUGAUGCCAUUACUUCCACUAACAAAUACACCGAGAGAGACGCCAGUGGGAUGCUGUACAACCUAGCCAGCGCCAUCAAAUACCUGCAUAGCCUGAACAUCGUCCACCGUGAUAUCAAGCCAGAGAACCUGCUGGUGUAUGAGCACCAAGAUGGCAGCAAAUCACUGAAGCUGGGUGACUUUGGACUGGCCACCAUUGUAGACGGCCCCCUGUACACAGUCUGUGGCACCCCAACAUACGUAGCUCCAGAAAUCAUUGCGGAGACUGGAUACGGCCUCAAGGUGGACAUCUGGGCAGCAGGUGUAAUCACUUAUAUCCUGCUGUGUGGUUUCCCUCCAUUCCGUGGAAGUGGUGAUGACCAGGAGGUGCUUUUUGAUCAGAUUUUGAUGGGGCAGGUGGACUUUCCUUCUCCAUACUGGGAUAAUGUUUCCGAUUCUGCAAAGGAGCUCAUUACCAUGAUGCUGUUGGUCGAUGUAGAUCAGCGAUUUUCUGCGGUUCAAGUACUUGAGCAUCCCUGGGUUAAUGAUGAUGGCCUCCCAGAAAAUGAACAUCAGCUGUCAGUAGCUGGAAAGAUAAAGAAGCAUUUCAACACAGGCCCCAAGCCGAAUAGCACAGCAGCUGGAGUUUCUGUCAUAGCAACCACCGCUCUUGAUAAGGAGAGGCAGGUUUUCCGACGAAGACGCAACCAGGAUGUGAGGAGCCGGUACAAGGCGCAGCCAGCUCCUCCCGAACUCAACUCGGAAUCGGAAGACUACUCCCCAAGCUCCUCCGAGACUGUUCGCUCCCCUAACUCGCCCUUUUAAUAAGACCCUUUUACUCAAAGUCCUAGCUUAACCCUUUGAGACUCUGAGAUUUUUUCCCCCAAAUUUGUGUAAAACAGUUUCAUCUGAUCUAUCUAGCGCUCAAUGCUUGAAUGGCAGAACUGAAAGUGUUUUCAGGUAUCUUUGUAGCGGUUUCCCUUUACUGAAUGAGAUGACACGUGGUGAUUGUGAAGAUGGUAAUUUGCUGCUAAUAGAGUCCUCAAAGGGUUAAGGCCAAUUUGCAAUUUUUUUUAAACUUAGAAGCAAUGAAUGUUUUCAUCAGUCAAGCUAGGAUCUGCAGUAUGUAAUAUAGCACUUGUUAACCCUCUGAGUGCGUAGAAUUUUAUUGAGAAUUCUUGUUGGGGAAUUUUUCAGGCCUUUGGAUGUAUACACACAUGUUUCUUGAUUUUACUGCAGAUCAAGGGGUGUUGUUAGAUGCUGAAAUGUCCAGAAAAGAAGGACAUUUAGAAUGAUAUCUUGUUUGUCCUUUUCUGUGGGUUUAGAACGUGGCAGGUUUAUAACUUCGACACACGCACGGUUCUUUCUUCUUCACAAUCCUAUUCAGAAACAGAUUUUUUUUUCAUUAGAGAUAUGACUGUCAGUUGCAGUGAGUUCUGCAUCCCAAGUGGAGGGAAUUGGGUUUGUGGCAAAGAGCUUGACCCAGGAAAUAGAUGGUGCCCCCCAAAUUGUCUCCACAUGAAGAUGUACUGAUGACGCCCCAGAAAUGCUGCUUCCAUAUCAGCUGCUGCUAGCGCCAGCGCAGACUCUCAGGGAGUCACCACAGCUUGUCUUGUGCUUGGUGAGUGAGGGUCUCUCUACUCAGUGUCAGACAUCUACAGGAAAGAAACAACUGGUGGAAAAGAGCAAUAAAUUGCCCGGUGCUCUGCAGGGCUGGAAUUUCAAACAGAAAGAGGGAAUAAGAUCCUGUGAUUUUUCUCACCUGCUUUUCCACGCACUGUGGUCAUCACUGUGCAAUCUACAUAUAGUAUGAAAUCCACACAUAGGAGAGCUGGGGCACAAGGGGACUGGAGGCAGGUGCUUUGCAAGAUGGCUGAGGAGAAAGCACACUGGGAACACAAUCCAGAAUGUUCUCACAAUAAGUUUUCAGUGAAUAAACCACUGGCAAGACAAUUCCAUGUGCACCUUUAGGUUACCUAUAUAGUCUCCUAGGAAGAUCAGGAUGAAAGACCUAGAUGAUACCCCUGAGGAUAAAACCUCCAUCCCCUAAAAUGAUUUUUUUAAAUACCACUGUCUUUAGCUGUCCAGGAGGUCAUAGUGUUUUUUCUGUCUUUGGGCCAAGUCCUGUCUGAGACCUGUAUUUUCACUCUUGUUACCAAAUCCAUCUCCCUAGUGCAGUGUCUCCAGGCCUGAGUUUCUUCUGGAACAGAUUCCAUUUUAGAAUGGGGAUUCGCAGGUUCUGUGCAUCACCACAGUGCUCAGAGAGGAUUCUCCUGGGAUGUCUUAGAGGCAGGUGCCCAACUCAAAUGUGUUCCCAAGGUUUGCUGGGCUCUGGGAUCCACGAGACAACCAGAGAGGGAUAUCUCAUGAAAUUUGCAUCUGGUGGCUGAACAGUACCUAUGUUCUCUGUUUUGAAUAUACUCUAAUACCUGAGAGUCUUAAAAUUUGUGAACAACGCUUCCAUAGUCCUUUAUUUUCAAAUGCACGUUGAUCUUCACUUGCUGCAUUUUUACUCUUCAACCCUGAAACUAUGGUCUACAUUAAUAUGGAUUUUUUAAUCACAUGUCAUUACUUUUGCAACACCAUCACCAAAAUUUUUUGCUCUUUUGCAUUUAGGUUCAUCUCUGUGGUCUGUGUUGUCCUGACAUGUAAAAAGCAUAUCGUUUAUUGAGGUUUUUCCCCCCCUUUUAGAGCAUCCGGAAGUGAUAACACACAAAAUCACAAAGUAGCAUAAAUCAGUAAAUUAGUUGAGUUGUUUUUUGGGGGGAGGUGGGGGUGGGGGGCACAGAACACCAGAAGGAGUGUUGGUGUGUAGGUAGAUUCCAUAUUAAUGAGGAACACUGAACUAGUUGGAAAUUACUGCUUUCUCUAGAAAUAUAAAGCAAAGCACUAUUCCAAGGCUAUGGAGUAGCUCUACAGCCUGGCCUCAACUCUAAAAGUGUGAAGAAUGCAAUGGGCAGAGACCUACCUGCAGUGGACUGUCAUUUUCCUUUCUUUCUCUGAAUUACUGCUUUUUCUGUGGGCAUUAACUAUGUUGCUACAGCAUCUAGUGUACUGAGCCUGCGGUGCAUGGCUCAGGCCUUUUCCCAUCGACGUCUAGGGGGACUCUGGACCGUGCAAAGCUAGGGAGUGUUUCUCAGCACUCUGCAGAAGGGCAGCUCAGAAGAAUGCAGGGCCCAUUCAGCAUGGGGAUCCCAGCACAUCACUGUAGAAUUUGAGUGAUCUAUGCUGAAUAAACAGUGGAAUGUGACCAGUCAAGUAGAAAUCUUGAGUAAUCAGAUGGAAUGCAAUCUUUCUAACAUUAAGCUACCAAGAUCCUGAAUGUCAGAGAUGUACUCAGAGGGUUAACAGACAAGCACAAGGCAUGCUGACUACAUUGGUGUAUCCAGAUUGCUUUGCUUUUAGCCAGUGCUUUCUAAUUUUUUUCUCGACAUUCUUGGGAUAGUUCAAGUUUGAAAUAAUUAAGUGGUGGUGUUCUUUAAGGAAUUUCUAUAACCAAAUUGAUCUUAUUUUUGAUUUCACUUAUCAUAGAACAAAUAUGUAUCAUUAUGGCAGUGUAUCUAUGUAAUUAUCAAUUUAAUCAUCACCACCAGUGUUUCCAUAUUUUUUCCCAAGUAUUUAAUAUAGCUCUCUUAUGGUGGUGGCCUGGUGAUGGGGACCGUCUUUCUUUUACUGACACAUGACCAAUCAUAUGGUAUUUUCAAGGGAAUUUUAAGAUUCAUCUUUUCAGUUUGAUAGUAGACUAGUUAAGGAAGAACUCUUUCAUUACUUGCAUCGUGUAAAUCAUCUCUGUAGACAUGUGUUCAUAUUAAUGAACACAUUUUUUCUCAACAUUGUAGCAGAAAUCAUUUUAUUCGUCAUGAUCAAUGAAUAUGUGAUUUGCUCCAGAUCGUUAGAAGGAAAAGUAAGAUUUCAGUCAUCAAAAAUGUUUUUACCGUAGCCCUCAUCUAACUUACACGUGGUGCAUAUUAAAAUAAGCAGAGAAAAAAAAUGUGAAUAAACUACUGAAAACACUUGGUGUUUUGUGUUCAAUGAGACCUUCCUGCAACCUGCUCCCCAUGGGUGGCAGUUAACAGGCCCAUCAGAUAUUGUUGAAAGAAAGCAAUAUAUCCAUGAAUGAAGGCUAAAAUUGCAAUCCUUUACCCUUUGAGGCAUAUUUCAGUUGAAAACAAAAAGAAAAGAAAAUUUGGCUUAGAGGGUCACAGAGCUCCCAUAUGACCAAGUCUCAAGCACAUUAAAUCAUGGUUGUUUACUGGCCAAGGGCGUCCAUUAGACAACUCUAUCCCUUGCGCUGAAGCUCAAUCGUGCUGAGGGAGAGCUUUCUUAAUAUUACCGUGUUGCUCCUAGCCCUUCUCUGGGUUAGGAUCUGUCAGCAUUUCUAUGAUAAACUCCUAUUCUCAAAGGUUUUUAAUUUGACCAUAAAAAUGUGCCCCAGGCUGAAGUUUGCUAUACAGGGCUGUACCAAAGAGUGAAGGUUUACUUCCUUCUCUUUCCAACUUCUUCCCCAUUCUCCAAGGAAAAGAACAGCAAAAAAAUCUGGUAUGGUCCCUCCUUAAUAGUGAUUUCAGAAUUUUGGAAAGCACCAAGAUCCAAGAUGGUAGUUUUAAUGUAGUUACUCAUUUGCACACAUUUUUUAAAUUUAAUGGGUCACCUGGCAUAUAUUGUAGAUAACAUAUCUUUUCUAUAAUUUGUAAGUCAAUAAUUUUUUUAACUGCUACGUGAUAUUUUUUUUUUGCCCAAAGAUUUUAAAAGACUUGAAGUUGGUCAGUUAAAAACUCAGAUUUUUCUACACAUUGUCUGCCAUGUCCAUUAGGAGUUUGGGGAAAAUACUCUCACACAGACCCUUACUUUGCAUGCAGUUUAGAGGGUAAGAUACGUGCUUCUUUUGGGGAUAAAGAUUUCCUUACUUAAUUGUCAAAUUUCAUGGAGCCAUUCUAGUCUGUUGGGGAAAAUAGUGAUUAAAAGCACUUCCAAAAUUAACAUUUUUUGACAAUUCAGAUAUGAUAAGCAGGGGAAAAUAAUACACUUUACUCUUUUCUUGCUUAAAGGCAAACAAAUCAACGAAACUUGACACACUAAACAUUUGAUAACUGCAAAUGUGCUUUAAAAAUUGGUUCAAUGGUGCUUACACAUGAAACGGUAACAAAUGGGGUUCCUAGGACGUCAGAAGGAAUCUUUAGUUUGUAUGUAAUUACACACUAGAGGAGGAGGUGCUUUUAAGCCAGUCUUUUAUUUUUAAUCAUCUCAAAUAUGCAACCAUUCAUCCAGUAACAUUAAGGGUCGUAAACCGGUGAGAAACAGGAAAUUCAGUGGAGAGGCUUAAAUGCCUCUGGUUAGAGUGGGGGUUUUUGUUUGUUUGUUUAUUGUUGGGUUUCAACACUGAGCAUCAUUUCUGUGAUCAAGUUUCUAACUGGCAUGUGUUUUGAUCAUGAGGUUUACCAUAUCUUGCCCAUACAGACAAAUGAGAGAUCUAGUUUCAUUUUGUUCCCUAAAGAAAGAGCGCUCUCUAAAAUUAAAUCAUACCUGUAAAUUUCUUCAGCAUUUGUUUCUGUUCAACGAAAUUGAGACCCUUAAUGUUGCUUUAAUGUAAAAUUGUAUAUUUUGUCUGUGAUAUACUUUAUUAAUUUAAAGUAAUAAUUCUAAAGUCUUCACUGUUGCUACUAAGAGAAAAUAGAAUUUUAAAGGUGAUGAUAAAGAUGCUAUAAUGUCAGUUCACUCCAGUCCAAUCAAAUGUAGUAAGAAAAAGUCCUUGAAUAGUUCUCUAGGGACAAUUUCUCACUUGCCGUUGACAUUAAUCUUUGGUGUAUUCUCAGAAAAAAAUAAAAAGAAAUUGAAACUGGUCCAAGGUUAUAGUCAUAUCCUCGAUAACUUUUGAAAAAAAAUUUUAUUAGGAAAUUAAUACUAGCCUUUUUCAUUCUGGCUGAAAGAAAAUUAUUAAAGGAUUAGUUGAGUGUGAAAUUCAACAGUAUUUUGCUCAUACAUACUAAAAAGGCGGGUAGGGACUUGGCGCAUUUAAACAAGUUUCUGAAAGGUUUCAAUUUGACUCAAGAAAAAAAUUCAAUAUUUCUUUUGAAAAUACUGAAUUUAUCACUUGCUGCAUGGAUCAGAUGGCAUAGGUUAAUCUUCGAUUUUCAGAAUCCUAAUGAAAUAACUUUCAAACAAUUUGUGUCAUUAAUUAAAGGUGGAAUGAGAUCCAAUUUCCCCCCAAUCCUUCAGUUUAAACUGAUACAUGUAGGUUAAUGUGGAAUGAAAUCAUCUGUGAUAUAUUAUGUUCAUUUAUCAACUGAGCUUUUUUGAUGUUGCCUGUUUUUAUGUAAAACAUGUUCUUAAAGUUAAUAAAAUAAUAGUACUUGGUGUAUGAA